AAUUUUUAGGUUAAGUUGAAUGUAAACUAUCAAAUAUUAUUUAAUUUAAAUUUAGCAUAAAACUUAUUAAUGGAACUUACUCGGAUUAACAAAUAAAUUCAUUUGUUACUAGUUUGACCUUACGAUUAGAGGAAUACAUUUUUAAAACAGUAGAAUAAUAGUUUUUGGAACAAGGUAACAUAAUCAGGAACUCUUUGCCCCAACGUAUGCAGUCUCUGCGUAUUCCGUACAAAGAUAUAAUUAUAGAUUUACCAUAUCAGUUGGGAAAUAAUGUGAAAAGGCGAAGUUUCAUCAUUCAUUCAAUCAUCAUAAUCUGGUCCUAAAGGCAUUGAAGCGCUUUGGAAUCUACUAGAGAUCUACUUCUAUGUAUAUCUCCUAAGUUCAUAUGUAUGACCUCCGCUCCUAGUGUCCUUUUGUCUGCAUAACAUCCUCCUACAUACUUAUAAACACAAAAAUUCUUGCUGCGGCAAUAUUAUCGCAUUUUUAUUCUUUUGACUUUUAUUCGCUUGUAACUUUUAGCUUAGCUUCUCUCCGUUUGAGCUAUUUAUGUGCGAAUUUUUCACAGUUUAUAAGUCGGCUGGCAUUUUUUGCGUUCCACAUUAAGACAGCAGACGCCAAAUGUGGACACUAGAAUGCGAAAUGCGAGUGAGAAGCGUUGCAGACACGAAAAAUCAUUGUAGCGCAACACUAGAAGGUAUUUUAAUUACAACUCCUGUCAACAGUACGCCCUUACUUGCUACAUACAUUUGUGCGGGUAUGUGUUGGUGUUCUGAAACCUUUCGUGUGUCGUAUAACUCUUGCACUUGCGUGUGCCAGCCGCAGAUCACGCCUUACAUCCGCAAAGACGCUGAGUUGUUGUUCUGCUGUUUGCGGUUGGAAAGCUGUGAUUCAAUUGAAAAUUGAGACCCGCACUUACACAACGGCACUGUUUGUGUAAUUAUAAAGCACAGUGCGUCUCGUUGCUCUGGUUUUACCUUUUGAAGAGCAGUCACCAACAGCAGCCGCAACGGCAACGGCAAGAACAGCAACAACGUCACAUUAUCCAUCGAUACACCUACUUAAAAAUUUAGAAAGCUGUUUGUGAUAAUUUUUUCGGUUUACUUACAUUUUGUUUGCUCUUUGUAGGUUUUUCUCAGUGCGGCUGCUCGGCUCUUCAACCGCCCGUUUCACGGUCUAUCGCACUGUCCGCUUAGCAAUUUAAGGUUGUUUGUUUUUUUUCUACUUUUCCAGUUAAAUUACUUUUGUGUGGUAUGCUGUUAACUGCCUUAUUUAGGGCGUUCUUUUGUGUUUUGACUCUGGUGCGCGAACGACAUUGCCCAUUCAUUUCGAUUGAACAUUUUGGUUUGAGAGUUUUAACAUUUGAACGCGCGGGUCACAAGUGCUUUGAAGCCAAGGUCGAAUUAAUGGUUGAAUUGCACUUGGUGUGUUGAAUACAUUUUUAUUAAGCGAAGGAAAAUGUAGUUUGGAUUAUACUUAUUUAUGGACAUAUAAAACUAUAUAAUAGUGAAAAAGGUAUGAAGGUCUAUUUCGCUUUCUUUACAAAAUAUUUAUUUUCUCGCCUGAUGAUAAGAGGAUGAGUGAAAUUUAAAGGGACCUAUGAAAAAUCUGAGUUAUACCCUCUUUUUUUAAUAUAAGCAUAUAGAGAAGUAGACCUGAGUCUUUCCUUGUUAUUACACUUUCACCUCCUAUACUUCUAUAAAUUUGAUUGGUUUCAUAUCGAACACUUUGUCUUAAGCUUUAGAUUUGGAUUUUCAAAAAUUAUUAACGAUUUUAUACAAUUUCCCUUUUACUCUCGCAAUAUGGGAAAUUAUUGUAGGGAUAUUUUUGAAGGAAAUUUUGAACACACUCUCAAUUAUCCUUGCAGUAAGAGCGUAUGGCAGCACUACACAGCUGCAGUGACAAGUGUCAUAAUUGACAGUUCUACAAUUCAAUUUUAAAGUAUUUGUAUUUUUGUUUUUGAUCGUGAUCCUUGUGUUUAGAUCUGCCGAUAUAUGUAUUAGUAUAUAAAUAUUUACAAAGUUAACAAGUUCAAAUGAUUAGUACAUCUCUCAACGAAAAUGAUGGAAAGCGAAUGGAUAAUAGCAUGGAGGUAUCUGUAUCCGAAAUAAACAAUUCCCGACUUCAGUGUUCGCAAUCGUCAGUCUCAAGUGAAGGUGAUCUAUCAUUCUCCUUAGCAGCUGAUCGAGAAUUAAAUGCGCUAGACAUUGGAGAUGAGCUUCCAGCGUUUGAAUUCAGACUUAUCUCACCGCACGGCCGUACACCUUCGCCGAUAGACAUCAACGCAGAAGAUUUACAAACACCAACUCGUCAACCAAUAUUAGAUGAUGAUUCUACACCUAGUGCCGGCCUAAAUUCUGAUUUUGUUGCACUUCAAGAAAUCAACGCAAUGAUAAGUCCGCCUGCAGACAGUGAAGAAAACAAAGCAAACCUCAGUCGUUGCAAUAGUCUCGAGACAAUAUUUGAAGGCGUAUUCUUAAAUACACCACCAAAAAAUGCAACUAAUCUACGUAAAGUCAAUUCAAUGCGGAGUAAUCUUUUCGAGAAAAAGUUUAUGACUCGAAUGAACAGUGGCAAAGAAAAUCAAAUGCCAAAUGGCGUCAAUGCAGUUAGUACAUCCACGAACGUCUACAAGCCCAAAGAGCACAAUCCUCACCCUAAUGUAAAAUAAUGUAAGAAUUGUUAGAGCGUUCUAAACAAAAUGGUUCCAACAAUAAAAAGUUUAAGAUCUACCGAUAUGUAAAAUAAAUAUAUGUUAUGUAAUGUAUGCAUUCUUUGUAACUAUAAAUAAAGAACAAAUAAUUAGUGAUUAAAUAGUA